AUGUCCUUGACACUUCGUUACCUUACCUGUCAGGUACUCGCCGACGGGGUGUCGCCAGACACCGCCCCUGCAGCGCACAUCGUGCUGUUGACCUCACCCAAGAAAACGACCAUGAAGGAGAUGAGGAAGGCAGUAGCUGUGACUUGGUACAUGCCUUUCUGGGAGCUUAAGGAGCUGCUUGACUGCCGCAGUGGUGAUCGGGCUUGCAAACCGCCGGGUCUGGUUGCCGUACCCACUCACUACUACAAGGUUGUGCUAGCUGACCCCCGAGGGGGGGGAGGCGGUGAGUACGGAAAGGGCACGACGCCACGUGACCCGCCGUCGCCGCUAUCCAACGGUACGGUGGCGGUUGGCGCAUUUGUCAUGCCCAACCAACCUAUCGAUGCGCGCAACCCGCUGACGGCCUACGUGGUGCCGUUGGACGACCUGGAGCAGGUGGCUGGCACCAAGUUCUUUCCCGCGCUCCUUGACGAGCCGCGUCGCAGAGCUGCUCUGGAUGCAGUGGCGGUGGGGUGGUGGCAGGAGGGGCUGGCGCAGCUGAAACCAUUUGAACGGAUCAGCAUGAAACAGGUGUUAAAGGGCUACCUCUUUGAGGCAGUCAUGCAUGCUGCACUGGCGACUGGCGGCAAGUUCGAUGUGUUGCCAUUGGACCCGAAGACUCUGGAGCGGGGCAAGGAGGAGAAGCUGGAUAUCCCAGAAUGCAAGCAGUAUAACAUCUUCACAGACAACGAGGUCCAUGGUAUGAUGAGCACUACGAUGGACACAUACUUGAGGCCCAAGUCCUCCAACUUCCCCAUCAUUGAUGCUCUUAUGGUGCCGGCAAUGUACCUUUUCCAGAUGACUGUGUCGGCUAUGAAGGAAAUUAAUGCUGAUGACCUCGAAGACGUGUUCAAGCGACUCGGCAUCUCUGCUCCGGGCCAGGAGGGCCGCCAACCCAGCCUUUACUUUGUGGUGGAUCCUAGCAUCUACAACAAGUUUAAGGGACAGCUUUGUGGACACCUUGGACCUAUGGCCACGAUCUUCAUGUUUUGUUGA